AUGGUCGCGCCCCCUCCUGCUUUCUCUCCAUUCAGCCCUGCUCCCUCAAUCUGGAUUCUCAGGAUGGGGUGUUCCCUCCUCUUUGUCUCCUUGUUUCCCUCCCACCCCCCCUCUCCCUUUUCAGUUCUCAUGCGGGCUGGCAUUUCAAAGACACUGUAUGGGUGGGGGGGGGUCGGGGCGGGGGGGGGGGUGUUCGGGGUGGGAGGGUAUGGGGGUGGGGGGGGGUCGGGGGCAGAGAGGCGGAUGGGAUCCUCCCCCCCCGUCCCCCCUUCCCCCUCCGGUGUGGGUUGUGGUUGUGCUUCUCGCCCACUCGCCCCCCCCUGCUCUCCCUCACUCUGGGUCCUGAUCUAA